AAACACCCAGCCUCCAUGCGGCUCGACUCUACUUCCCCAUCUUCCGUCGGCCCGAGCCAUCCUGUCCUCCCUUCCUGCCCCUAGCCGAACUCCUCCGCUUUCCCCCAAAUCCGGCGAGAAUCUCGGCACGCCAUGACCUCCUCUUACCGGCCGGCCGCCACGACGAGCCCGGAGGCGACGGCGGCAGUACCCAAGGUGGAGGCCGAAGCGGCGGCGACGGCGGCCCGAAACCCUAGCUCCCCCAGCGGCCCGCCGUCGCCGGAGAUGGAGGCCACGGCGGAGGCGCUCACGCGGGAGGAGGUGCUACGCCGGAGGCGCCGACGCACGGCGCGGCUCGUUGGCGUGUACCGCCGGCUGUACUGGGCGAUGGCAGAGGAGGUGCGCGCGCGGCACCGGCAGUACGUCUGGGAGCUCGGCCGCAGUCCGCUCGAGGCCGAGCAGCCCCCGUCGGCCGCGUGCUCGGAGGCGAAGCCUGGGCCGGCGGCGGUGCCGAGGAGGAAGAAGUGUGGGUUCACGGGCUGCAAGGUGCGGGCGAUGCCUAUGGCCAAGUACUGCCACUCCCACAUCCUCUCCGAUCCCAAUCAGGCCCUGUACAAGGGAUGCGGUCAAAUCAUCAAGAGUGGUGCACAGAUUGGGCAAAUUACUUGCAGCAGGCCCAUCCUAAAAGCUUCAGUUCCCUCCCUCUGCAAUGUUCACUUGCAAAGAUCUCAGAAGAACAUAUCACAGGCUUAUAAGAAAGUUGGCUUUAAUCCACCCCCUACUGGCCAGAUCUCCCCAGAUUUUAGUGUCUUAGUUGCCGAAUGUGUCCGUCAGAUCCAGGCCAGGAGGAGAGAAUCCCGAAGUGUUGCAGCAGGGAAGAAAUGCCCCAAAGAUGGGAAAGUUGGCUGAGCUAUACUCUGAGAUCUCAUUUGUUACAUAAACUGUAGGAAAAUGUCAGGCAUCCUGAGGUUUACCGAGUGUUGAUAACUAACCCUGCGGGUUACUGCACUCUUCCUUGAAAGAUAUGGAAUAUUGAUAAUAUAUGUGGCGUGCAGCUGUGCAUGACUGGAUGACAACAUGACCCUGAUGGUUGUCAGUUAACAGCAAAUUUUGUAUGAAGAGUUUAUCCAACGAGCUAGUGGUGGAGUGUCAAGUAUCAAGGUUGAGGGUUCGCAAAAUGCACACAUGUCAGGAGAGCAUUUAUGUAUCAAAAUGCUUCUGAUGACUUGCUGAACAUGCUGCAGGACUGCCAUGGUUAAUUUUAUUCAUCUUCUGAUGGUAAUUUAUCCUAAAUGAAGGCCUGAGUUAGAUAUACUGGGUCGGUUCAUUGCCAACUGCCGAUUUUGAAGAACAUGGUGAGUUGUGAAGCGUGUUCAGGUUUCACGUCCUGAAUUGGUUUUAAACUGAGUGCCUCUUUUGAAGUAAAUAAUAUGCUUUUUUCAGCUUGGUAAUGUAUACUGUGUGAUGGCUGUCCUGUUAUUCAGCUUGGUGUUUCUUUAGAUAUGUUAUUGGAAAAUGUCCACCUUGUGAAGUAUACACCAUUCCUAUUUUUCCAGAUGAAAUCUUCACCUUGUUUACGGCACAUACUUCUCCAGAAAGGAUUGAGAUUGUUGCUUUGUGCCAAGGAUGCUAUGGAGACAGUGGUUUUGUGCCAAUCCUGAAGGAGCCAUUCAAAUAUAAGGUACUAUGAGGAGAGAAUGGCAUGUACAUGUUGAUGUUUAUGACAUGGAUGAGGAGAGGGCAUGUACAUGUUGAUGUUUAUUUUUGCCUGAUUUAGUUGGAAUGGUUGCAUUGUACGAAAGAUGGUCCACAUAGAAGACCCUGCAAGCAGUAUGAGAUGUCGCUGCAUUGCUGAUAUUGAUGCAAGGGAGGAGCCGUACAUACAAAGGAUAGUUGCCUGGUACUGCAAUCAAAUUUCGUAGUAUCUUCGUUGCAUGAAUAGUUACUUAUGAAGUAAUGGAUGUUGUGGUACCAGCAACACAUGAAUGUGCAUGCUUAAGCUUAUAUCAAAUGCUCUGAGAUAGAGGACAUGAUGUGGAUAUCGGCAGACAUUGGAUGGCCUGGAAGUACGACGUGACUAAGGACUGGAAGUAUGACGUGACUAAGGAACUGACGCAAUUGUCCAUGUAAAAAAAUGAGAAUGGUAUUACUGGCCAUGUGAUUAGAGUAUGACAUUGCAUGUGUGCAUGUGUGCAUGUGUGGAUGGGAAAAAGGAAGAUAUUACAAACUGAUUUAUGGACUAAA